AUGGUAGACGAGAACGGAGUGCCCAAUGGCACCCAUCCACCAUCAACUCCCAAACCCAAGUACACAAGUCUGGCCUUGACUGAAUACUCUGCGAAUCCAUCACCGCCCCCCAAGACGCCCAUUGAGAAGGUGUUGCAUCCGGGUGUACCGGAGCAUCUACUUCUGCCAAAUGGCCAUCCUGAUUACAUUCGUCUGAUAACGACGGCGAAAGUCUACGAUGUCGUGGAGCAGACUCCUCUCAGUCAUGCCGUCAAUCUCAGCAACCGAUUGGAGAGCACAGUGAUGCUGAAACGCGAGGAUCUGUUGCCCGUGUUCUCCUUCAAGCUUCGAGGUGCCUAUAACAAAAUGGCACAUCUCACUCAAGAAGAGAGAUGGAAGGGAGUCAUUGCGUGUUCUGCCGGAAACCAUGCCCAAGGAGUUGCCUACUCUGCUCGAAAGCUCAAAAUCCCAGCCGUCAUUACUAUGCCGACUGGAACGCCUGCGAUCAAACAUCAGAACGUCUCAAGGCUGGGUGGUAACGUGGUGCUCUACGGCGCUGACUUCGACGAAGCGAAGGCGGAGUGCAGUCGAAGAGCAGAGGCUAACGGCCUGACCAUCAUUCCUCCAUUCGAUGACCCAUAUGUCAUUGCUGGUCAAGGUACUAUCGGCGCAGAAAUCCUUCGUCAGGCAGAUCUGAGCAAGCUCGAAGCCAUCUUCUGCUGUGUCGGAGGCGGCGGACUCAUCGCUGGAACUGGAGUCUACAUCAAACGAUUCGCGCCACAUGUCAAGAUAAUCGGAGUCGAGACAUACGAUGCAAAUGCUUUGGUACAAUCGCUCAAGCUUGGAAAGCGGGUAACCCUGCCUGAGGUUGGUCUCUUCGCAGAUGGAGCUGCCGUCAAGACUGUAGGUGAGGAGACUUUCCGUGUCUGCGCAGAGGUCGUGGACGAUGUCAUCCAAGUCGACACGGACGACAUUUGCGCUGCAAUCAAAGACGUGUUCGAAGACACGAGAUCCAUCCUGGAGCCGGCUGGAGCUCUUUCCCUGGCUGGUCUGAAGAAGUAUGCCAGAGCAAACCCAUCGCAAGACACCCGACGUCAACUCGUGGCGGUGGCAAGUGGAGCCAACAUGAACUUCGACCGACUGCGUUUCGUUGCAGAACGUGCAGCCAUUGGUGAAAACAAAGAAGCUCUCCUAUCAGUCGAGAUCCCCGAGCAACCAGGAGCUUUUGCUAAGCUGGUCUCAACUGUCAACCCGAUGGUCGUCACCGAGUUCUGUUACAGAUAUGCAACUGCAACAGCUGCGAACGUUCUCAUGGGUAUCUCGGUAUCCGCUGCUAGCCGAUCACGAGACGUGGUCGACCUCAUCCAGCGACUCGAGAAAGAAGGCAUGACCGCCCGCGACAUUAGUGGUGACGAGCUUGCUAAGAGCCACAUUCGCUACCUCGUCGGCGGGCGGAGCAGUGCCGAGAACGAGAGGCUGUUUGCAUUCGAGUUUCCUGAGCGGCAAGGUGCGCUGUACAAGUUCUUGACAACGCUACAGCCUGGCUUCAAUAUCAGUCUCUUCCACUACAGGAACUAUGGUGGCGAUAUCGGAAAGGUACUUGCUGGUAUCCAAUGUCCUCCUGGAGAGGAGGCAGGGCUCAACCAGUUCCUCAAGGAGAUUGGCUACGGAUCCUCCGAGGAGACCAACAACGAGACGUACAAGAUGUUCAUGAGGAUGUGA